AUGGAACAGGAUUCAACUCCAAGAAAAGACCUAGUUCGAAUUAACGACCAAUCAUUAAACAACUCCCCAAGACCAAAGCAAGAAGUUUUGGAUGAGGAUUCAUAUACAGAAGCUUUAAGUGAGAUCAUUAAGCGAGAUUUUUUCCCUUCUCUUUUAACUCUCGAGGCACAACACGAUUAUGUGGACGCUUGGAAUACAAAUAAUCCCGAACUCAUUAAGGAAGCUACCCGUAAGCUAACUGAAUUAACGACUCCUACGGCGAAAACACCCGCAACACCAAAAACUGCAACCGUAGUACGUGGAGAAUGGGAUACACCAAUAUCAUCUAAAAUAAUGAAAAAGUCUAAUGAACAACAAAAGGAAAAAUAUAAAUGGAUGUAUGAAAAAGAUGAUCAACUACUGUUGGAAAAUAAUAAGGAUGAGACAAAAAUGAUUGAAGGACCUGAUCAGUCCAGAAUUGCUGGAAUUGAAACAUGGAAUUACAAGAUUCGCAACUCCCUCAUGUUUUAUCCGGAAGGUCAUGAUAAAGGUGCAGACGAAGAAAAUACACGAUGCGCACCCAAGAAGAUUGUUCAUCAUGCUACAAGGUUUGAAUCUACAGAAGAAGCGUCGAUCACAAGUCAUGCGGCAGCGACCGCAGCGGCAGCGGCUACUGGUGGUAUCGAUCUUGAUAGCAGUAGUAGCGCGUCUGAAACUCCCACAGUCGGCGGUUAUAGUUUUGUAACUGCUACACCUUCUCCGAACCCGUCACAAAUUGACAGCUCAGAAUUAAUGACUUGGGGUAUGAUAGAGGGUACACCGUUAUUGAUUGGAGGAGACCAAACGCCAGGCCGUGCUUUUCAAUUACCACCUACACCACGCAGAGAAAUCAUUGGAAUGAAUCUUUCAAGUAGUGCUUCGCGGAAUUUACGCAAGCGAAAUUUGUCUAUGAGGUCACCAAGUCCAUACUCUACCCAAAGUCCCCUGACAAAAAUUUCUAGCCCAAGAGAGCGUGCAUCAUUACUAUCACCAGCUGCACGAAAAUUAUUGCGUAAAUCGAAUUUGCCAAAAUCAGUUGGUGUGGACGUCCAACUACGAGCUUCUUAUGCUGCGUCACCUAGAAGUAGAGUGCCCGUCACACCUUCAAAACUAGUAACGCCAACAUUCAAUUCAUUCCCUGAAAAAUUUGAUGUAACUCCCAAAGCCAAAACUGAUGAAUCUUCUGAAAAUCCAAUAAACAAGUAG